CCUACGCAAUUCUUCUGCAGCUGAGUGAAUAAUGUACAGGAUGUAUCUGAAGUGGCUUUUCAUGAUCGUCGCACUCAGUGGGCGACUUAGGAAAGUGCGUUCAACGCGAGCCAGCAUGUUAGCGUUCCAUGUUAUUUUAUUGACAUGCGCUAUGUGCUAUGGUCAAACCAUCGCAGGAAUGCGAAAAACCGGCGUCUACUUGACAGUAUCGUCGUACAGUGACCGUGGAAUCAAACCAUUUUUUGAGGUGAACUGGUACGGCAUGCCUCAGCGAUACAUCGGUGUUGUGUCAGCUGUACUGUCAACAAAAAAUCCACCUCAAAGCCCUUCCGAUAUUCUAGCCAGCCAAGUUGUCAAAAACCCCACCGAAGCGUACACCACACAAGUUCUGGCGCCGAAUUUUAACGCCUCCACACUGAUGGAAGGAAGAUGCCUCGGAUACUGGGCUCUCAUAAUGGAAACAUCGACAGCUGUCAAGUCACAGCGAAUCACGAAAGUUCUUUACUCAUCGUGUUUCACACCUCAGCCUCGAUGGAUGCGAGAUAACUGCGGCACCCUGUACGGGCUCAAAUUAACAGACAUGCUCAUCCCAGGAACGCACAAUGCCGGAAUGUACAAGGCCGGGCCCAUGGCCCCCCACGAACAGUUGAUAUACGACCAAGAUCAAGACAUCUGGCAACAGCUCGCCUACGGUAUUCGCGGCCUGGACUUGAGGGUGCAGUAUAGCGGCGGCGACUAUUACAUCACUCACGACGUUAUCCGAGGCAAACCGACCGUACGGGAGGUUCUUAGAGAAGUUCGUAGGUUCGUGGAACGUACGGGCGAAGUGGUGCUUUUAGAUUUCCACAGGUUCCCGAAAGGUUUCGAGCAGAAACGCAAGGUUGCCACAGAUCGACACGAGAACCUCGUGAAGCUAAUUGUUAACGAACUGCAGGAUGUACUCCUGAAAGGGAUGGACUACAUGAAGACGGUGGGUGAAAUAUUAGGUGGAUGUAGGAGCGGAGGUAGACAGCGGGGCGGCGUCUUAGUGUUCUACAAUUCUAGAGAUUACCGAGGACCUUAUCAGGAGUAUCUGGCUCCCGGGGUAAGCCAAAAGUGGCCGAACGCGCAGUCUAAAAAUGCGCUGAUGCAAUACCUGGAAAGGAACGCGUGCUUUCGCGGUGUUCACUAUAUGAUUGCCAUAAUGGCGGAACUCACGCCCAAGUUUCCAAAGUUUCUUAUUAGCACCCGCAAGUUAGCAAAGUGGAUAAACCACAAAAUAACGGAGUUCUUCAGGCGUCGGCAGAUGAAGUACUCUGGUAUUAUUGCGACAGAUUACUUUCUCGGAAACGGUAUAACUGAUGUCGCGAUAGAAGCGAAUUGUUUGAGGGGUCGCCAGAUGCUACCAAAUCACAAUGUUGGCCCACAUAAGCACUGAUGUACGAGCGACAGGACCGAGGAAAUAUCUUGGGGAAAAAUUUGUUAGCGCCUAUAUGCCGCUACUGUACUGCUUUCAUGCAUGUAUGAGCUUUAUCGGAACUUCAAGAAGACCGCACAAGAUGAAAGUUAUAAUUCCACUUUCGUAUUCACAAACUGAGGACAAUUGUUGCUUUGCGUUGGUGUGGAAUGAUACUUUUACUACGUUAUGCCACACAUGUUUGUACUUGCUGAAGAACUACGUCCUACUCUACGCACACACCUUGAUACUUUUGUAGUUCGCCUCUGUCCGUGGUAAAUAUGCUCGAACUUUCAUUCUUCUAAAGUACCAUGGCAUCACGAAGGAGUAUAAAUUGUGCUUUCUUGAGAGUACGGCAUUUCUGAUCCGUAAUAAAUGAAAUGAAUGGCAAUAAAUGUUGAGCUUUUCAUUUCAGUAUAAAUUAGGUCAUAAGUAUAAGUGUGUUGAAAAAAAAAUAGCCGUGUUAUUUGGACAAAAAAGAGCACCAGCUUUAACACCAGUCGAAGUGAAGUUACUUGUCGGUGCACAAAUGUGUGACAAUAAAGUAGUCUUCAAGAAA